AUGACGACCACCACAUUCGACUUUUCCAACGAACUGGAGGGAGAUGAGAAUUGGUAUGAUGGCUUCGAGCCACAUAAAACACUUCACCAGUACCAGAUCUUCUCCCAGGAUGUUGUCUGUGGACUCAUGUUCUGGUAUGCUGGCGGGAAAGAGCCCACCCACAUUCAUUCUCGUCCCGAUGCGCAACUGAGCUUCUUUAUCUCUGGUGGUGUGGAGAUUCCCCACUUGGGACUCAAUUUGCGCCUGAGAUACAAAGACGAUCCAAAAUCGAAAAAUGAUCAGUAUCUGAAACUUGCCAUCAUAUGGACCGCGUGGGACGGAAGUGACCUGCAUCAGAGAGACAAAACAACCACUCCGGAACGGGCAAGCGGCCCCGGAACAGAGGGCCAUACCUUCUCCGCCAGACUGCGUCAAGUGAGUCUCACACCAAUCAGCCUCACGGAAGCGCAGGCAAGCUCUUGCCAAGGAAAUGCCGGCGCAGAUGGAUACCAGGCUCGCUGGGCAUCCAAGGUUGGCCCCUACGUCUAUGGGUUUGAUGUAGCCAAGUCAUCGCUGGAAUGGUUCAAUGAGCCGCAGAAGGAAUCCAUCGAACUCUUCAUCAACGCUGCAUACGGGGAUCGUUUCAGGCUAUGCACGCGGGUCCGGGCUGCUGCUCUUCGUGAAAACUGGAACACGCUUAAGUCUAUGCCGAUGCUAACCUACCCGCCGUUUCCACUCUAUGAUUGCCGUUGGCAUGCCCAGGCGAAGAGAUUCGAGAGAAUGGAAGAAAUCCCUGACAUUCAUGACCUCCGUGUCCAAAUUCACCAUCGAAGACGAGAGCGAGGCUGGUCUCACAUUACCGCAGAGGGCCAUUGCUUCACCGAUAAGUUCGAAAUACCUGGCCUUGACGCGUAUAAACAUAUCACCGUCUAUUGGGCUAUUACGGGAAGUUGCUACAAAUGA